AUGGCGAGUUCGUCUCAGUCGACCGUUGAUCCGGAAACAAGCAAGCCCACUAUCCAAAAUCUUAUCGACAGCCUCACAAAAUCCAAGAACUUGCUCGAGGAUGUCAAGACGAAGGACAGUUUGAAGAAGUUAAUUGCAGGUCUGAAGGAUAUAGAACCGUUCUUAAUGAAAUCCGGGCAAAACAUUGUCGUUGGAGCCCGACUCGAAACUGUUUUAGGAAGGAUCCACAUACUCUCCAACAAUUUGGGAGCCUAUGUUGGUCAAAUAUUUGCCUUUCCAGCAGGGCAACUUCAUCAAGAAGAGGUUGCAUCACUCAACAAGAUUGUCUCCAAGCUGAAGUCCCAGCUGACUGUUAAUAAGGAAAUAAGCGAGUCCAUUAUCCCAAAUCUUGUCAAUCACCUCACCAAAGUUGUUAAGAAGUUGCAGACGAGCACCGAGAAAGUCAAGGGAAAUGAUAAAGACAACAUGUUGGAGCAUCUGAAGAAGUUGCUGAUGAGCACCGAGAAAGUCCAAGGAUAUGAUAAAAACAAAAUGUUGGAGCAUCUGAAUAAGUUAAUUGCGAAUCUGGAUAAAAUAAAAAGGUUCUUCAUGAACUCCGGGCAGGACAUUGCCGAAGGAGCCCAAGUCAAAAAUGUUUUAGAAAGUAUCCUCCACAAACUCUCCAACUGUUUGAAAACCGUUUGUGGUCUAAAAGUUGCCUUGCGAGCAGUACUAGAACUCAAAACUGAGUUUGAAAAACUCAACGAGAUUGUCUCCAAGCUUGAGCGCCAGGAAGAAACCAAGUCCAAAAUCCUAAAUCUUGUCGACCGCCUCAGAACUGAAGCCGAGAACUUGAUUAACUCCAGUGACAACAAGGCCAAGGCCAGAGGAGUCCUCGUCAAAUCUGUUUUAGAAAGGACCUUCUCAGCUGAAAAGCUCUACGAUUUGGGAACUGAUGAUGAUGGUAAAAAAGUUGAUCACUUGCCAGCAAUGAAAGCCAAGCUUGACGAACUCAUGACUCUCAUAAGGCUGAAGGACCAGGUACUAUCGGCGAAAUCUGGAGAUGGUUCUACGAAAGUUUCGGAAAUAAGCGAGACCAUUAUCCCCGGUGUUGUGAAGCGCCUCCAGCUAGCCAAUAUGUACUCCCAGAAAGCUCAGAGCGCGGUCGAGGCCGAGGGCGAGGGCGCGGACAAGGGAGAGGACACGGGCAAAGAACUAAAGAAGCUAACGAAUGAUCUGAGUUACAUAAGAAGUUUCCUGAAGAACAUGGAGGACAAUUCGAAGAGCUUAAGCAACAAAGUUAAGACCUUCGAGGACAAUGCCACUGUCUUCGUCAACGCUCUUAUACGGCACAGCGACUUUCAAGAAUCGCAAACUGAACUUCAAGGCCAACAACAAGGAUCACAAACUGAACUUCAAGACCAAGAACUCAAAGCCAAGAUUCGCGUACUCAAUAAGGUUGUCAUGAAGUUGAAGCACCAGAUCUCCUCGUCGAAUAAAUUGUCUCCCACAGACUCUGAUGCCGACUGGUACAAGAAGGUCAUGAGCGAGUUUGAUCACAGCCAAGUGCUUGAUAUAUUGCCUGUCUUACAUCAAGAUGACCAAAAAUUUAAGAGCAGCCAAUUUAAGAGCAGCCCAGCCUUCCGAGACUUUCGGAAAGUUUAUGAGAAUCUGAAGCUCCGUACAAAGCUGUGCUUGUUGUGUUUUGCUGUAAUUCCGGAAAACGAGGUUGUGAAGAAGAGGUUUAUGACACAUUGGUGGUUUGGAGAAGGCUUUGUUAGCUCACUGGAUGACAACGCUGCUGAUCAAAUCUUUGAAGAGCUGGUGAACAAGAACUGCAUUGAGCCCGUAGAUGAGAAGUACAAGUAUGUCGUGGACAGCUAUAAGAUGAAUCCUUUGAUUCGUUCUGCGGUGAUUCUGCUUGCCAAGGAAGCUCAGUUCUUUGAUUUUGAUGACAAAAACAAUCCCAGUGCCAUUUUUCACAAGUCUUACCGGGCGUGUUUAGUCGAUGAAUUUAAGUAUGGAGAAUUAUUUAAAAGUAAAAUCGACUUGACUGGUAAAAAUGGAUCGAAAAGGAAAAAUGAAGGGAGUGGCCAUGAACAAGGGCCAACUUCCUCUGCAUCCGAUUCUGGGCCAAAGUUGAAGUUGGAUCCAGAGAAACUGCAAGUAAUAUUCAACGUCAAUGAGCCUUAUCCUGAUGUUUUUGAUUUGGAGUGGUUUUCAAAGUUGAAGAAUGUCAAGGUUCUUUAUUUGGGAAGGUGGCAGACCUCAGCUAAGCAUCAUAUUGAAGUAGAGGGCAUUGAUUUCUUGACAGGGUUGAAAAGUAUGAAACUUUUAAGGUUUCUCAGCCUUCAAGGAAUUUCUAGAAUUACCAAGCUUCCUGAUUCUGUAUCUAAGCUCGUAAAUUUGACGAUCUUGGAUCUUAGAGCCUGUCACAAUCUAGAGGCAAUUCCAAGUGGAAUCGGCUCACUCAAGAGUCUGACACACUUGGACAUAUCUGAAUGUUACCUGGUUGAUUACAUGCCCAAAGAGAUUAUCUCUCUCUCUAAGCUCCAAGUUCUUAAAGGGUUUGUAAUCAGUCACCACGACUCACGUGCAAAUCCUAACUGUAGUCUUGAAGAUUUGUCAAAAUUGCGCGAGCUAAGGAAAUUGAGCAUCUACACAAGCUCGAAUAUCUUCCCUGAAGAUAAAGAUGUGACCACUCUUGAACGUUUUGUAGGGCUUCGAAAGCUGACAAUUACUUGGGGAGCGGGAGCUUUUCUACCCAAAUCAGACAACAAUGCUAAGAAAGAAAAGGGUGCACCACAAGCAACGGAAGAUAAGAAAACACGAGGCGUGGAUGGGACACAACCAAUUGCAGCAACCGGAAAGAGUGCAGAGGAAAGUGAAGAAAAGAAAAGGCAAGCCAGGGAUGCAGCACAACCAAUUGCAGCAGCCGCCAAGAGUCCAGAGGAAAGUGAAGAAAAGAAAAGGCAAGCCAGGGAUGCAGCACAACCAAUUGCAGCAGCCGCCAAGAGUCCAGAGGAAAGUGAAGAAAAGAAAAGGCAAGCCAGGGAUGCAGCACAACCAAUUGCAGUAGCCGCCAAGAGUCCAGAGGAAAGUGAAGAAAAGAAAAGGCAAGCCACGGAUGCAGCACAACCAAUUGCGGCAGCCGCCAAGAGUCCAGAGGAAAGUGAAGAAAAGGAAAGGCAAGCCAGGGAUGCAGCACAACCAAUUGCAGCAACCGCCAAGAGUCCAGCGGAAAGUGAAGAAAAGAAAGGGCAAGACAGGGAUGCAGCACAACCAAUUGCAGCAACCGCCAAGAGUCCAGAGGAAAGUGAAGACAAGAUAAGGCAAGACAGGGAUGCAGCACAACCAAUUGCAGCAACUGCCAAGAGUCCAGAGCAAAGUGAAGAAAAGAAAAGGCAAGACAGGGAUGCAGCACAACCAAUAACUACAACGGUCACCACAACUCUGAAAAACAGUGGGGAUAACAAAAAUGUGUCACAACCAAGGGAACGAAGCACCAUGAAUCCCGAGAAUGUUGGAGAUAAUAGAAAACCAGGAGUUAUUGAGAAACUAGAGAAAUUGGAUUUGAAGUGUUACCCUGGUACGAUAGCACCCAUUUGGUUGCAGCCUAGAAAUCUUCCAGAUCUAAAGAAACUCUACAUCAGAGGAGGGACCCUCCAAAAUCUAAGUUCAGACAAGUGGGAGAAAGUUGAGGCACUACGUCUCAAGUUCUUGAGUAACUUAAAGAUGGAUUAUAAAAUGCUCCGGUCAUCAUUUCCAAAAUUGAUCUACUUGGAGAAUUUCAAAUGCCCUAACCUUACUUAUUUUCCGUGCAAUGAGAAAGGAAUAGUAUGGCUGAAGUAAUUAACUGAAAGAUGAAGUAAGAGCAGUUGAGAGACACAACAUUAUACAUUCACUCACUCGGUUGCUCCUAACAAGAUGACUCAGACUAUCAGAAGUAUGUUAUGUUUCCUGCCCAGUUUUUGAAUUUAAUUCUGUUUGGUGUGUGUACUUUUGUGGAUUUCAAUAAGUCGCAAUAUUCUUGUGCAUCUCCAUGACUCCAUCCCUCCUCAUUUGGAUCUAGAUGCCAAGGUUGUGCAUUAGUAGAGCAUGUGGCAUUCUUUUUAAGAAAAUAA